AUGUCCAACCGAUUCAACUCUGGCUACGGCCUCGGUGGCCCCGCGCCCUACGGCGGAUCCCAGGCUGCUGAUCCUCAGCAGGGCGAGGGCUUUCUCGAGCAGAUUCGUCCCUAUACCAGCAAGAUUGAGGAUGCGCUCGACACCAUCAGCGAGCCUGUCAAGCCCUAUCUCCCUGCCAUUGGCCGUUUCCUGAUCGUUGUCACCUUCUUUGAGGAUGCUCUCCGUAUCGUCACCCAAUGGUCCGACCAGCUGCUUUACCUGAAAGAUUACCGUCACAUUCCUUCUGGUAUUACCCACCUGUUCCUGCUUGUCAACAUCAUCGCCAUGUUCUCUUGCUCCACCCUGGUCAUCAUCCGAAAGCACUCCGACUACGCCGUCGCCGGUCUCAUGGGCGUUGUCGUCACCCAAGCUCUUGGUUACGGUCUCAUCUUCGAUCUUAACUUCUUCCUCCGAAACCUCUCUGUCAUUGGUGGCCUGGUCAUGGUCCUGUCCGAUUCGUGGGUGCGCAAGACUCAGGUCUUUGCAGGUCUUCCCCAGAUCGACGAGAAGGAUCGCAAGAUGUACUUCCAGCUGGCUGGCCGUGUCCUCCUGAUCUUCCUCUUCAUUGGAUUUGUCUUCAGUGGCGAGUGGUCGCUCUGGCGCGUCAUUGUCUCCUCACUCGGUGGCAUCUCCUGCGUCAUGGUUGUCGUUGGAUUCAAGGCAAAGUACAGCGCCACUCUGCUCGUUGUCAUUCUGAGCAUCUUCAACUUGUUGGUCAACAACUUCUGGACUCUCCACGAGCACCACCCCCACAAGGACUUUGCCAAGUACGACUUCUUCCAGAUCCUGUCUAUCGUCGGUGGACUCCUACUCCUCGUCAACAGCGGCCCAGGCCAGUUCAGCAUCGACGAGAAGAAGAAGGUCUACUAA